AUGGCGUUCAGGGACAAGACUCUGUUGGGGCUACAUCGCCGCAAGUUUCAAAAUUUAGAUAAGCGUGUGUGCAAAAACACUCGAUCAGUUUGUGAACUACAAGCGAGUUUGAAGGUGGUGAAUGUUUUGUUAGCCAGUGUGGUGUUGUUUCAAGUGGUAGUGCUGGUUUACGUAGGGUACAAAGAAGGUGGGGAGGGGGAAGUUAAAGUGAGGACAAAACGCGAGAGUGCCGUAGCAGAAAACGUCCUGCACAGCCAAGGAUCUCAAGAUGUCAACGUGGAGUUCGUCAAUCCGAAGCUGCGCUCUGAAUUUGAGGAAAAAGAGAAACAAAACAAAACAGAGGCAGCCUCCAACCCGUGGCUCUGGUUGACUUCUUACUCUAGAGUUCCGAUGGUCGCAAUAGAAGGGUUUUGUCGAGCUGCUAAAGACUACUGUCCCCCUGGGGCCCCUGGCACUCCGGGCCCUGUGGGGCCCCCUGGCCCUAGAGGAGAUCCUGGUCAUAGAGGGGAGAAGGGUGAGAGGGGUACGACAGGGGAGACGGGCCCUCGAGGACAUCCUGGGGACAAGGGUCCGCAGGGGCCCCCAGGACUAAGGGGCCCACCUGGCUCUGCAGGUUCCGCAGGUUUGGACGGGAGGGAUGGAAUACCAGGAGAACCUGGAUUAGAUGGGAUACCCGGAAGGAAUGGUCUGGAUGGUGUUCCUGGAACAAACGGUCUUCCAGGAAGAAAUGGCACUGAUGGAAUUCCAGGAGCUCAUGGAUACAAUGGAACUAAAGGUGAAAGAGGACUUCCUGGUCCUACGGGGCCCCAGGGGCCGAGAGGUAUAGCAGGUCCUAGAGGAAGAAGUGGGAAGCCUGGAUUGCCUGGGAACCACGGAAUCCCAGGAGUGAGCACUUACCAAGUGAAUAUCAACGGAACAAAGUCAUCUCAGCUGUUGAUACCUCCAGCUAUUGUUGGCCCUGAGACUCCUGGUCCAGUAUCUGCCUACGAGGGUGACAACGUGAGGCUGGGGUGUAUAGUGACUGGCAAUCCCACCCCUAUGGUGCAAUGGCGGAGAAUCGAUGCAUCUACAAUAGAACUCGGAGCAUGGAAAGAUUCGUCAAUAGUUGGUCAGAUACUUAACAUCACGAGGAUUCGAAGGGAUCAAAUGGGAACUUACAUGUGUGUGGCGGAAAAUGGCAUUCCUCCACCUAAAAACCAAACCUUCAAUGUAGAAGUCAAAUUUGUACCAAUGAUAAAGGUCGGAAACCAGCACUUACGAGCAGUCGUAGGGCAGAACGCAAGUCUAAUAUGUGAAAUUGAAGCUUUCCCAGAAGCAUUGAGGUAUUGGAAGAAAGACAACGUACAGCUGUUGGAAACUGACACCAAGUACACUAUGACUAUCAUGGAAAGCUCCAUUAGAUACAAGUCCAAAAUGGAACUGUUAAUUAACAAUGUUGAGCUGUCUGAUUUCGGACAGUAUCAAUGUGUGGCUAAGAAUGAAAUUGGGAAAACUGCCGGGAAAUUCCAGCUUGAAGAGAUGGACAGAAACUUGGCUCGGCCUCCUAGCUACGAUCUGGACACAGACACGGGGGCGACAUUCGGACCCGAACCUCCUGAAAAGGUUGAUUUGAAAGAUCUUUGCCCUCCAGCUCCCAUCUGUCAGACAUGCCCAGACCCUAAACAGUACAGCAAGAGCUGUAAGUCGGGAUUGUACAGCGUACAUGAGCUGCUGGGUUACAAGGAGUUGGAUGUUCGUCCGCUGCACAGCGCAACAACUUACCCCGGUCUCAAGAACAGGGAUCUCAACUGUUUGGUGUAUGCGGUGGGCAAGCCAGUGUACCACAGGUUCACAGACGCAACGUACGGGUCGUGGAUGAGAGACCCGGGUCCCACCCAGCCGGAGUUUACAGACGACACCAUCUGGACCACUGACGAGGCUGACCCCAACCAUCUGUACGAGUUCUCCAACAAGACUACGUUCCGCCAGAACAAAUCAGCCCGCAAAUACGAACUCAUGCACCCAUUCACGGGUAGUGCUCAUGUUGUGUUCAACGGAACGUUUUACUACUGUUCGAUCAAACAGAUCAAUGAAGUGAGCAAACCAGUCAUCGUGAGGUACGAGCUGAACAGUCGGAUAUCUCACAUUAACGACCAAGUGCCGUACACUGUGAUCAGUAACCUGACGAAGCUGUACAAUGAACAACACAAUUACAUGGACUUUGCCGUAGACGAUAACGGACUCUGGGUGAUUUACGGACUGGAGGACUCAAACAACACAGUCGUACUGAAGCUGGAAACUAAGAGCCUCGAGGUGCAAUACGCUUGGAACAUCAGCGUCUCGCAUCGUAAGGCCGGGGAAAUGUUUAUUGUGUGUGGUGUACUCUAUGUUGUUGAUAGCACACAGGAGAGGAACACUAAUAUAAGGUUUGCGCUUGAUUUAUUUACUAAUAAGCGAGUUGAGGUGGAUAUUCCUUUCACAAAUCCCUUCAGACGAACAACCAUGAUUGGAUACAACUACAAAAACAAGGAACUUUACACUUGGGACAAAGGUAAUCAGCUGACUUAUCCCAUCCGAUACCACGACCAAGGGCUGGAGAAUCGGACAAAAGACGAGAAAAAAGAAGAAGGAGACCUACACAACAAAACUGGUUAUUUUGUCGAACCUGCUGGUACAGACUGAUGCAGGACUAUUAAAAUAACCUCGUAUUGUACAAUUACUUUGCUGACAAACCGUAUACAUUCUUGAUUAUUUUGUAUGAAAGAAAUAAAUUUAUAUUUAUAUACCGAGA